GUUAUGCCUGCCGUAACAUCUCUACCUCCACCGCUCUUCCAGCUAGAACCCACGUUAGCUGUGAUAUCCAAGGAGAUGUUGCUGUUGUACGCUUCAACACACCAGACUCAAAGGUGAACACUCUGUCCAGACAAUUGGACGCAGAGCUUAGGGAGGUAAUGAAUGAGAUCUGGGCCAAUGAAGCCGUCAAAAGUGCCGUCCUCAUCUCUGCAAAGCCAGGCUCUUUCAUUGCUGGAGCAGAUAUCAACAUGAUUGAAGCCUGCAAGACUUCGCAGGAAGUGACUCAGCUCUCUCGGGAAGGACAGCAGAUGCUAGAAAAAAUUGAGCGGUCUCCAAAACCCAUAGUUGCUGCCAUCAGUGGCACCUGCCUGGGAGGAGGACUGGAGGUUGCCCUUGCCUGUCACUACAGAAUAGCGACAAAGGACAAGAAAACAGUCUUGGGAACACCUGAAGUGUUACUGGGUCUCCUGCCAGGCGCUGGGGGUACUCAGAGGCUGCCAAAGAUAGUGGGACUUCCUGCUGCCUUUGAUAUGAUGCUGACUGGAAGGAACAUCCGUGCUGACAGAGCAAAGAAGAUGGGUCUAGUUGACCAGCUGGUGGACCCACUAGGGCCAGGUUUGAAAGCUCCAGAAGCACGGACGAUUGAGUACUUGGAGGAGGUAGCAGUUGGCUUUGCCAGAGGACUAGCCAACAAGACUGUGUCUGCCAAGAGAUCGAAAGGGCUAGUACGGAAGAUAACAGACUAUGCUAUGGCUCUUCCAUUUGUGAGGCAGCAAGUCUACAAGACAGUGGAGACCAAAGUUCAGAAGCAAACCAAAGGACUCUACCCUGCUCCACUGAAGAUCAUUGAGGCUGUAAAGACUGGCCUUGAUCAGGGGCAUGACGCUGGAUACCUCGUUGAAUCCCAGAGCUUUGGCCAACUCGCAGCGACUAAGGAGUCCAAGGCGCUGAUGGGACUCUACCACGGGCAGGUGCACUGCAAGAAGAACAAGUUUGGAACACCUCAGCGAGAGGUCAAGACCCUGGCAGUGCUGGGAGCAGGGCUCAUGGGAGCUGGGAUCGCACAGGUCUCAGUGGAUAAGGGACUGAAGACCAUCCUGAAGGAUGCAGCACAGCAAGGCUUGGACAGAGGACAGCAGCAGGUCUUCAAGGGGCUGAACAGCAAGGUGAAGAAGAAGAGUCUGACGUCGUUUGAGAGGGACUCCAUUCUCAGCAACCUGACGGGCCAGCUGGACUACAAGGGCUUUGAGAAGGCAGACAUGGUGAUCGAGGCUGUGUUUGAGGACAUUAACAUCAAGCACAAAGUGCUGAAGGAGGUGGAGGCCGUGAUCCCUGCUCACUGCAUCUUCGCCAGUAACACAUCUGCCCUCCCGAUCAGCCAAAUUGCUGCUGUUAGCAAGAGGCCGGAGAAGGUGAUCGGGAUGCACUACUUCUCCCCCGUGGACAAAAUGCAGCUGCUGGAAAUCAUCACCACAGACAAAACAUCCCAGGACACAGCUGCUUCUGCUGUUGCUGUCGGCCUCAAGCAGGGCAAGGUCGUCAUCGUGGUAAAGGGCUUCUACACCACCAGGUGCCUGGGGCCGAUGCUGGCAGAAGUGGUCCGAGUUCUCCAGGAGGGCAUUGACCCAAAGAAAAUAGACACCAUCUCUACGGCCUUCGGCUUUCCUGUUGGUGCUGCCACGCUGAUCGACGAGGUGGGUGUGGAUGUGGCCGCGCACGUGGCUGAGGACCUCAGCAAGGCCUUUGGCGAGCGCUUUGGAGGGAGUGGCAUCGAGUUCUUCAAGGUCAUGGUUGAAAAAGGCUUUUUAGGUCGCAAGGCAGGGAAAGGCUUCUAUGUUUACCAGGAGGGGGUGAAGAACAGGAGCGUGAAUUCAGGCAUGGAGGAGAUCUUGGCACGGUUCAAAGUGCCAGCCAAACCUGAAGUCUGCACUGAUGAGGACAUCCAGAUGCGCUUGGUGACAAAGUUUGUGAACGAGGCAGUCAUGUGCCUGCAGGAAGGGAUCCUCAGCAACCCCGUGGAGGGAGAUAUUGGUGCUGUGUUCGGCUUAGGCUUCCCGCCAUACCUGGGAGGUCCCUUCAGGUACGCGGACUCAUACGGAGCCACAGAAAAAGGCCGCCCCGCCCCCCCCAGCCACUUCACGCCAUGCCAGCUGCUGCUGGACUAUGCCAACAGCCCGAGCAAGAAAUUCCACCAGUGA